AUGAAAUACAUACUGUUUGUCGCCUUUGUUGGUGUGGCUGUUGCCUUGCCGCUCAACACUCAUGAUGAUGACAAGAUCGUGGGAGGCUACACCUGUGCAGAAAACUCUGUGCCCUAUCAGGUGUCCCUGAAUUCUGGGUAUCACUUCUGUGGAGGUUCCCUCAUCAGCAGCCAGUGGGUCGUGUCAGCUGCUCACUGCUACAAGAGUCGCAUCCGAGUGCUGCUUGGGAAACAUAACCUGGCACUUACAGAGUCAACACAGCAGUCGAUUUAUUCAUCUAAAGUCAUCCGCCACUCUGGCUACAGCUCCCAGACCCUGGACAAUGACAUCAUGCUCAUCAAGCUUUCUCAAUCCGCCCAGCUCAGCCGCGCUGUCAGCACAGUUCCUCUGCCCACCAGCUGCGUGGCUGCGGGCACCACGUGCCUGAUCUCUGGCUGGGGCAACACCCUCAGCAAUGGCUAUCUGUAUCCCGACACCUUGCAGUGCCUGAAUGCUCCCGUUCUCUCCGCAAGCGAGUGCAGCGCAGCCUACCCUGGAGACAUCACCGAUAACAUGAUAUGUGUGGGAUACCUGGAGGGAGGGAAAGACUCCUGCCAGGGCGAUUCUGGCGGUCCAGUCGUCUGCGACGGGGAGCUCCAGGGCAUUGUUUCCUGGGGUUAUGGAUGUGCGGAGGAAGGCUAUCCCGGGGUUUACACUAAGGUUUGCAACUACGUCUCCUGGAUCGAAGAAACUAUAGCUGCCAACUGA